GACUGUCGAUAUCUAAAUAAUACCUAUAGGUGCCUACCUAUCUAUAUCUAAAUGAAGAAGAACUGGAUAUCUGAAUAUGGCGGACAAAAAUAACAAGGGCGCUGAAAGAUAUUUUUCUAUAUUUGUGACAUUUUUGUAAACAGUGCAAGAUUAAACUAUAUAUAAGUGUUAUGUUUAUAUGUUAUUCAGCAAAUAUAUUGACGUGGAAUAGUGCAAAAUGUCAACGAUUAAAGUAUGUUUUGAGAUAGGACACACAGCUUCGUUGAAAUCUAAGAAGUCACCAGAAGGUUUUACUCAUGACUGGGAAGUCUUCGUGCGCGGCACAGAAGGCGCUGAUAUCAGUCAUUUUGUUGAAAAAGUGGUUUUUCAUCUGCAUGAAACUUUUCCUAAACCUAGAAGAGUUGUUAAGGAACCACCAUUUUCGAUAAGUGAAUCAGGUUAUGCAGGUUUCAUUUUCCCAAUUGAAAUAUAUUUAAAAAAUAAAGAUGAACCUAAGAAGAUCACAUUUUCAUAUGAUUUUACAUUACAACGCACUGGUUCUCUUAAAGAUAGGUUUAUUUUUCAAAACCCAAAUGAUGAUUUUAAGAAGAAGUUAUUAAAAGGUGGAGGUAUAGUAACAACAAACAAUGCAUUUUACACAAAUCCUGAUCAGGAAAAUCGAAGCCGAGACUCAUUUACUGAAGAGAAACAACAGCUUGUAAGUAAACCUAAAUUGUCCUCAGAAAAUGUUAAAAAACAUAAAUCUAAAGAGUACAAAGAAGAAAUUCCACAUAAAACCAGUAGUUUUGAAACUUUAUUUGGUGCUCCGAUACAAAAACCACCUAAAGUCUCACCAGAUCCUAAAAAAGUUGAAAAAAAUGCAAUUGCAAUCAAGUCUCAGAAAAAGGAAAAAGAUAGGUCAAGCUCUGAUAAGAAGUCAAAACAUGAACACAAAGAACCUAAGUCAGAGAAAGUUAAAAUGAAAGAUGAGAAGGACAAAAUAAAAGCUGAGAAAUUAAAAAAUCAUAAGGAUGCAGAAAGAACUAAAGAUAAGCCGAGUAAGAGACCAAAUGAAAGACCACCUUCCCCAGAUUUAGUUAAGAAGCGCUGUGUGAGCCCAGUAAGAAGACCACAAAGUCCAUCACAGAGGUCUAAUAGUGCAUCUAGCAUAAAAGAAGAAUACAAAUCAAAGCAUUUAUCAGAAAAUUUUGAAUCAAAAAAACCAAAGAAUGAAGUUGAGUCUAGGCCAGUAGAAGUUAAAGUGGAGAAAGAAGGUAAAGAAAAAAAGAAGAAAGAGAAGAAAAGCCAUGAUCGGGAUAAAGAGAGAAAAGAAAAAAAGGAACAUAAGAAAGAAAGCCACAAAGUAAAAGAUUCACCUAAAGAGUCACCAAAAGAAUUGCUUAAAGUAAAAGAAGUAAUAAAAGAAAAAGAACAAACUAGAGAUACUUCACAUUCAAGAGAAAAACCACAAAAACCCGAAAAAAUUAUCAAUAAGUUUUCAAUAGAAAGACUCAGAAAAACUCCUCCACCGGAAGCUGAAGAACAUGUUGAAAACCGUAAAUCAAAAGAAAAAGGUGAUUCGGAAAGGAAACAUAAACACAAGAAAAAAGAUAAAAAAAGAGAUGAGUCAAAGGAAAAGCACAAAGAAUCGAGCAAAGAGAAAAAAAGUAAACAUGAAAAAGUUGUUAAAGAACCGCCUCCUGAAAAACCUGAAAUUAUUGAACGUAGAGAAACUCCUAACCUCAAAGAACGCUCAAUACCAGAACCAGCAUCACCAAUAUCAAUUGAUACUGCUUCACAGUGCAGCUCCAAGAGUGGCCUUGUAAAAGCUUCCCACAUAAGUACAGAGGAUGUAAAUAGUAGUCAUUCUGAUUCUGAGGUAUCUCUAAUUGCUGAUGAGGAUGAUGAUAAAGUAAAAAUUGAAAAUCCUUCUCCUGUGGUCAAGCAUGAUCCUUCCCCCGAACCUGAACCAGAGCCAGAACCGGAAGCGGAACCCGAGUUAGAACCAGUAGUUGAACCUCCACCUCUACAACAAAAGGAGAAAUCAAAGAAGCACAAAGAUAGAUCAAAACGUGAAGAGAAACGUCGAAAACGAAAAGCAGCAGAAGAGGAAGAAAUCGAAAGUAGAAAGAUGGCAAAAACUAAUGAAUUGGGUGUUUCAAAUAAUGACACCGAACAUGGAGAAAGUAGUGGAUCAGUGUCAGCAGAAACUAAAGUGCAAGACAAUGGUGUAUCAAGUAGUCUCGGUGAAGAUGCUGAGCCGGGUGACCUGUCACCCGAUUAUAUGGUGCAACUACGUGGUCUGCAGCAAAGAAUCAUGAUGAUCAAGAAUAAUGAAGAUUUAGAGAGGGUUGUGAACCUUAUUGCUGAAACGGGACGAUAUGAAGUAACAACUCAAACAUUUGAUUUUGAUUUGUGUAUGUUAGACCGAUCGACAGUACAGCAACUUAUACAGUUAGUGGGAUGUUAGCUAAGUUUUAUUGUUAAAGUUAUUGUAAAUAAUGCUUUGGUAGCACAUAGCAUCUGUACAGAAAUAGUUGAAAAUAUAUCGGCCACAGCAAGAUUAGGCAGGCCGUUUGUAGCAUUGUUUGUUACAGGGCAAAGUGCCCGCCUAGUGUAUGCAAGUGUGGUGCUGCAAGCAGAUAUAAGUUUUGUUACGGUUAGAAAUAAUCUCAUAUACAUUUACUUUGAAUAGUAAUAAUGUGACACUACUCAUCACUAGAGUUCUGAAGUGCAAUACUAUAGGCAUAAAGUUAUAAGACUGUUGAAAGAUUGUUAAAAGUAUUGUAUAUUUUGUACAUUUAUUGUAUUGAUUUAUUAUAAUUUAAGUUAAAAGAGCUCGAGAGUUUUUAAUGAACCUCCUGAGUCAUGAUGACUGUGAGAGGCUAUGUUUAUGUAAUGCUGACAUUGUUGCAUUUCGUGUUAACUUAAUAAUAAUGUUCAACAUAAAUAAUAAUAUUUAUUUGAUAUAUUAACAUUUCAAUUUUUUUCGUUCUAAUAUAUUUUAAGAUUGGCUUUUAAUUUUGAAUGUAAUUAUGCAAUAAUUAUAUAGAAUUCGCUACAUCACAAUAAAAAAGCG